CUCCGCGGGAUCGCGACCGAGGCUCGGCCCGACACCCUUUUCCCGCCUCCCUCCCGCGCUCUCGCCUCACUACGCGUUUUGUCUUGAGAAAGUUGGGAUGCUUUGGGUAGGAACCGGAGGAAGCAAGGCUCACCGCGGGGUUUUGGAAGCAUCGCAGAGUAUUAGGAGCCCUGGAGACGAGCUGCUGGGGUCCGAGUCUCCACCAUUCGCUGGCUCCCGGACCUCUGCAAGUCACUUAACUUCUGUGUGUCUGUUUCCUCAAGGGUAAAAUGAGGGAAGUAAUAGUAACCUCUCUCAAAAGGUGAUUGUUGAGAAUCAAGUGUGAUAGCAUCUUUGAAGUGCUUAGAGCCGAGCCUGAUGCACAGCAAAAGUAUGCACGUGCUGUUCAUGUUUUGGAGCCUGAUAACUAAAAGGACAGUGUGUCCUUCCCACGCUGAAAACAACUGCCCGAGAGAGAGUCCAAGGUAACUAACAGAUGCGGGUGAAAGAACCUUCCAAAGCUUUACCCGAGAAAGCAAAAAGAAGUAAAAGGCCUGCUAUACCUCGUGAUGAAGACUCUUCAGACGACAUUGCUGGUUUCACUUGCCCACAUGUAAAUCUUGCCAUCAGUGUGAAUCAUGUGAAGAAAGCAAUAGCUGAGAAUGUGUGGUCAGUUUGCUCCGACUGUUUAAGGGAAAGAAGAUUCUCUGAUGGGCAGCCAGUACUUUCCUCUGACAUUUGGUUGUGCCUCAAGUGUGGUUUUCAGGGAUGCGGUAGAAACUCAGAAAGCCAUCAUUCAGUGAAGCACUACAGGAAUCAGAGAACAGAAUCUCAUUGUAUUACAAUUAGUCUGAGCACAUGGAUUAUAUGGUGUUACGAAUGUGAUGAAAAAUUAUCAACACACUGUAAUAAGAAGGUUUUGGCUCAAACAGUUGAUUUUCUCCAGAAACAUGUUUCUAAAACACAAACAAGUGCAUUCUCUAGAAUCUUAAAACUUUAUGAAGAAAAAUAUGAAGCAGGUGAAAAAAAGAAAGGAAGAAAAGGCAACAGUGUAACACCUGUGAAAGGAAUUACAAAUUUAGGAAAUACUUGCUUUUUCAAUGCAGUCAUGCAGAACUUGGCACAAUCUUAUAUUCUUUCAGAACUGAUGAAUGAGAGCAAAGAAAAUGGUACAAAACUCAAGAUUUUUCCUUCCUCAGACUCUCACCUGGACCCAUUAAUGGUGGAACUUUCAAGCCCUGGACCAUUGACCUCAGCCCUGUUCCUGUUUCUUCAUAGCAUGAAGGAGACUGAAAAAGGACCACUUUCUCCUAAAGUUCUUUUUAAUCAGCUUUGUCAGAAGGCCCCUCGAUUUAAAGGUUUCCAGCAACAGGACAGUCAGGAGCUACUGCAUUAUUUGCUGGAUGCCGUGAGAACAGAAGAAACAAAGAGAAUACAAGCUGGCAUCCUAAAAGCAUUUAACAACCCAACUACUAAAACUGCUGAUGAUGAUACUAAAAAAAAGGUCAAAGCAUAUGGAAGAGAAGGUGUGAAAAUGAACUUCAUAGAUCGGAUCUUUAUUGGUGAAUUAACUAGCACAGUCAUGUGUGAAGAAUGUGCAAAUAUCUCCACAGUGAAAGAUCCUUUUAUUGAUAUUUCACUUCCUAUAAUAGAAGAAAGGGUUUCAAAACCUGUACUUUUGGGAAGAAUGAAUAAAUGUAGAAGUUUACAGGCAACAGAUACUGGUCAGUACAGUGACACUGUUACUAUAGAAAAUGUUCAGCAACCCAGAGCCACCAAGAACCAGUCUUCAUCUAAAGAUAAGAAUCAACUAGUUCACGGCAGAAAAUGUGUAAGAAAACUACCAUCUGGAGAAGAUAGAGUGGCCGUCAUAUGCCGAGAAUAUGAAAACCCUGGGAUGAGCGGAGAUUCCUCAGUGUGUGCAGGCGUCGUGAGUACUGAGGCAGCUCUGGCCGAAAGCCCUACUGAUGGCAGCGAAAAAGAAGCCAGCCCUUCCGAAAGUAGUGCUGAUGCUGACAGUGAGGCUUCAGAAUCGGAAAGUACUUCUCAGCAGGCUGUCCUGUUGAGGUCUAGAAGUGGAUGCUGUGCGCACAAAAAUGGACCCCCUCCCCAGCGGCCACUCACCAAGGAGACUGGCAGCGGUGACGAGGGAGUGGCUGAAGCUAUUUCUGAACUCUAUUUGAGCAGCACUGUAACUGGAGAUAGAGAUCUUGACAGAGAAAAUAAGCCACCAGAUGUUCCAAAUAAUUUGUGUUCAUCACAGGAGAAGUAUGUGUUGUCUCCUAGCCCCCAAAAGGCUUUUCUUUCCCUUUCUCAGAGCUAUAUAACUACUUCUAAAGAAUGCUCAGUUCAGUCCUGUCUCUACCAGUUUACAUCUGUGGAAUUACUAAUGGGGAAUAACAAGCUUCUAUGUGAGAAUUGUACUGAAAAGAAACAGAAGUACCAAAAGGAAACCAUUUCUGCAGAAAAGAAAGCAGAAGGGGUUUAUACUAAUGCCAGGAAGCAAUUGCUCAUUUCUGCUAUUCCAGCAAAUCUAAUUCUCCAUCUUAAAAGAUUCCAUCAGGCUGGCUUGAAUCUUCGAAAAGUAAACAGACAUGUCGAUUUUCCACUUAUUCUUGAUUUGGCACCAUUCUGUUCUGCUACUUGUAAGAAUGUAAAUGUGGGAGAUAAAGUUCUCUAUGGUCUAUAUGGCGUAGUGGAACACAGUGGCUCAAUGAGAGGAGGUCACUACACGGCUUAUGUGAAAGUGAGAGCACCCUCCAGGAAAUUAUUGGAGCAUAUCACUGGAAAGAAAAAUGUACCUGAUUUGAAAGAACCUGACAGUGAAUCGGCAGACCAAUGGGUCCAUGUUAGUGACACUUACGUGCAAGUGGUUCCAGAAUCAAGAGCACUUAGUGCACAAGCAUACCUUCUUUUUUAUGAAAGAAUAUUAUAAUUAUUUGUUAAUAAUUAAUGGUAAUGAUUAUUUAGAUCACUUUUGUUCAGAUGCUGCAAUGAUAACAUAAUACGCAAUGUGCCUUUGUAGUCUUUUCUGUAGGAUUAGCAUGUCCCUCAAAUGCCCUUGGAGAUUUUUACCAUUUCUGGCAAAUCCUUUUAAAGUAAAUUAAAUUUACUCAGUGCUUUCAUAUGUAUAUUCUUAAAGUAAAUGUGAACACAUGUUUUUAAAGAAAAAUUUGUCCUGGAAAAAAACCAGAAUCUGCAGUAUUAGAGGAAACCCCCUUAUAAUGUGGCUUAUUACUCUGAGAAUUCAGAAAUAAUGCUGGCCAAUCAAAUUGUUCCUUAAAACAGUGUUUAGCAAAUGUUAGUCACAUACCAUUUCAUCUGUAUGUACUGUUUACUGGUUAUUUUUAACCUUAUUAUUUAGUGUUACAUUUUUAAACAUAGCCUUGUUUUGAGCGUAUUUCACAUUCUAUGUGCUAGUUUUGUUUUUUCUAAUAAGCAUUAAAAUAAAUACAUAACUACUGAAGAAAAAUUGUUCAUUCAUGUAGCACUCCACUGAAAAUCACCUCAGGGCUGUCUAGCCGUGUAUGUAUACCACUAUGUGGGAAACAUUGCUAUAACAUACACUUACACAGUAGGCAUAGUGACCUCGUCUUAUUUUGUGUGGUUCAACCAUUUAAAGAUCCCACAGUAGCUUCAGUAAUAGGGGUUUACAAAUAAAUUCUUGAUUAGCUUAUUGAAAAUAUUGAAAGAUAUCAACAUAUUUUCAGCCUAUUCAUGAUGGAGUUAAGGAAAAUUUGCAUAUAAUUAGCCAAGGUCAAAAUGUAAUUGAUCAUUGUAACAUGCAGAAUUGGUAAAUAGAAGUUUUUAAUCCAUAUGGGAUCAUUGGAUGCUUUUGAAAUAUAAAUUACCAAAUUAUAUUUGUAAAUGAUAGAGAAUUAUAUUGUCAUUAUACUUGACAGGGGAAUAUAAUACAUUUUCUAGUUCUGUAGGUCAGUAAGUAUUAAUCGUGGUUUUGGGUUUGAGAUCACUUUUCUUUGUCUUCAACAAGCAUCAUUAAUAAAUUCAAGUGAGGUUAGCUUUUAUUGUAAUGGGGUAUAAAGUUGGCAUUUCAGAUUUUAAAUAAAUAAUAGCAAAAAUGUGGUAGUUCACCCUCCACCCCAGAAUACAAGUUAUUAAGCUGUCAAAACUUGGCAUGAAAAUAUUACUAUUACUUAUUAGACUUAAGAUUUUAAAAAGUAAUGGCCACUCGGGUCUGACAUUACUGAAUCAAAAUACAUAACUGCAUGGUUCAAGCAUCCUAAUUAUUAGUGCCAACAAAUCAUACUACAGGCAGCUACUGGCUAAGUGCCUAGUUCUAGUUCACUCUCCUCUUGGGAAGGAAGGAUAGGAAUAGUAGCUGUAGAUUAUGUGUGGAAAUAUUUAACCAAGCCUCUGCCCCUUCUUAACAUUUAAGUAUAUAGAACAUUAUCAAGUUCACCUGUGCUGCCUUUUCAUAUGUAAAUGAGUGGAACUGUGAUUAGUGUUAAAGAUGGUAAUAAUAUACAAAACUCAGAGCUUAAAAAUGUCAUUGCACAAAUUCUAUUUUUUGGGCAUUGAAAUUCCAGUAGUAGUAUUUUCUUGAUUUUUAACUUGAAAUGAUGGAGAAAUAUAGCUUUAUGAAUUAAUCUGCAAACUCAGGUUGUGUUCUGUAAAAAUCAGUUUAUACUGUCUAAAUUAAACAGAGUUUUAUGUUUAAUCAUAAUCCAUUAACAUUGAAGUUUUCAGUACCAGAGCAGUGAGUUUUUUUGUGGAAAAUAUGUGUUAAAUCUCUUUAUUCAAGUUAGCCAUACUGGUAAUGACAAUUACUAUCCCUUCCCCCAAAAGUAAAGAUACCAUCAUGAGGCAUAUGUUUUCCAUUAGGUGGUCACUAGCUUCUUGUUUCAUUGACAGAUAGACAAGAGAAAAGGAGAGAAAGAAAGAAGGAAAGAAAGAUAAAAAGGAAGAGAAAAGGAUAGGAAAGAAACAAGAGCAUUCUUUUUUGUUGCUUGUUGGUUUCAUCCCUUACAUAGCCGAGUCAGAGAUGGUAAAUGAUAGCCGAGGGCAAGAAUCAGGGAAAGUGCCUUGUCCUCUUUUCGUUAAUAGGAUGCCAGGAAAUGCACCAGUGCUGUAUUUAUCAAAGAGGACACCUAUUGAGCUUUAUUCUGAGUACCAGUGAAGACUGACUUUUCAUUGAGAUACAUUGUAGCUUCAGAAUAUUACCUGGGUACUCAGGUGCUGUAGUAGUUUUUAUGCUUAACUUCACAUUUAAUCAUUAAGUAGGUAUUUUUUGAACACCUGCUAUGGAUCAGGCACUGUGCUGACACUAUUUUAACGUUUUAAAAUGGAGAGGCCUCUGUAUGUUUUAGACAUUAUUCCAGAAGUAACAUGCAAAGACGAUACUUUAUUUUCAUUUCAUGGUAAAAGCGCUAAGUCUGAAACCUAUUUUUUUAUGGCCUAGAGUUCAUGAAUAUUUUUCAGGGUCUGCUGGUAACCAAAUAAAUUUUAUUUUGAUACCUAAGAAUUUCCUAAAGACAGAUUUGUAACAGAGAAAGUAUGUUAAGUUACACAUGGGCCUACAUGUUUAUUCUGAAGAUUCUGAAUGCACAUCUGCAGGGUUACUGAAUUGUAAAGCUACUGUAAUAACAAUAGUUUCUAGAUGACCUCAGGACACCAUACAAAUAAGUGAGAAAUGUUUACAGAGUCUCAAAACAACUACCAUAGUGUUUGGCCAAAUGAGUGUCAGAUGUAAAACAGAAAUUUCAUUAGCUCUAUUGAGAAAAUGGUUUACAGGGUAUGUCUAACCCCAGUUUCCCCUGGUUUUUCCUGCUUAAAAUGGUAAAAUUUUGAUUAUGUGCCAAUUAUGUGAAUAUUUUUGACAUAACCAAAUAUAUGUCUGUAUUUAAGAUUUUGUUAUUUAAUGUUUUAAAACAGAUGUGAAAACCCACCUUUCUGGGUGGCAGGAAGAGUAGUAGUUGGUGUCAGUCCUAAGAGUAGUUGAUUCCUGUUUUCUUGUUUUGAAUGUUCCAACAAAACUUACCAAAUAUGACAGCUCUUAGCUCACAUGUGUGAUGAAGUUAGCCAGUAAUUUUAAACAGUAGCUGAAUAAAAUUUCCUGAAGAUUAAGCUGUA